AUGGAGCAAGCUCCAACCCUAGAAACUGUUUGCCAGGCUCUCCAAGCUUUGUAUAAUAACCCAGAUACGACCGGGAAAGAAAAGGCAUCAGUUUGGCUUGGAGAACUACAAAAAUCGGUGUUUGCUUGGCAGAUUGCUGAUCAGCUAUUAAGAUGUAAUAAAAGUCUAGAAUCCUGUUACUUUGCUGCCCAGACUAUGAGAACAAAGAUACAAUAUGCCUUUCAUGAACUACCUGUGAAUUCCCACCAGUCUUUAAGAGAAUCUUUAAUGGAACAUGCUAGUAAGAUAACACCAGAAACUCCUCCAGUUAUAGUUACACAGUUAAGUUUAGCGUUAGCAGAUUUGAUAUUACAGAUUCCCACAUGGAAAGGUGGUGUUGUAGAAAUAAUUCAAAAAUUUGGAUCAAAUCCUCAACAGAGAUCAUUUUUAUUAGAAGUUUUAACAGUUUUACCUGAAGAGAUAAACAGUAGAUCAUUAAGAUUAGGAGCUAAUAGAAGACAAGAAGUAAUCAAUGAAUUAAUUGCAGCAUGUCCAGUAGUUUUACAAUUAUUGGGUGUAUGUGCUGAAUCAAGUGGAGAAGAUACCCGGAUGCAAGCUAGAAUAUUACGUGUUAUAGGUAGCUGGUUCAGUGUUGGUGCUAUAUCUCAAGAUGCUAUCAUAAAUACACCAUUAUUACAAGCACCUUUUGAAGCACUGAAAAAGAGAGAAACACCUUCACAUUUACAUGAAGCAGCUGCAGAUUGUCUAUGUACAGCUCUAUAUAGCAUAGAGGAUAUUCAGAAGAACCCAAGUCUAGCCCAGGCUUUAUUAGAAGGUGUAUUAACAUUAACAGAAGGAUAUCAUCUAUCUGUAGCUGAUGAAGAUUCUGAUAAAUCAAUCAAUUAUUGUCGAGUUUUUACUGAGUUAGCUGAAGCCUUUUUAAAUGCUAUAGUCUCAUCACCUAAUCAGGGACUAGGUGAUUUUAGAAUAUUAGAACUAAUAUUAACUUGUAUUGGACAUCAUCUAUAUGAGGUAGCAGAGAUAACGUUUAAUUUUUGGUACAGACUUUCAGAAGAGAUGUAUCAGAAGAAUGAUGUGGGGUUAAAUGAAUUAUAUAAACCUUAUGUACAGAGAUUAAUAGUUGCUUUAUCUCGACAUUGUCAACUAGAUCCAGAUCAUGAUACUAUACCAGAUGAUACAGGAGAUUUUGGUGAAUUUAGAUUACGAGUCUCUGAAUUAAUUAAAGAUGUUGCUUUUAUUGUUGGUUCAACACCAUGUUUUAGUCAGACAGGUAAUCCAUCAUGGGAGACAUCUGAAGCUUCUCUGUUUGUUAUGACAGCUGUAGCAAAAAAUAUUUUACCUGAAGAAAAAGAAAUAGUACCUAAAGUAUUGGAAUGUAUAUUAAAUCUACCUGAUACAGUUCAUAUAGCCGUACGAUAUACUAGUUUACAGUUAAUAGGGGAAUUAUGUGAAUGGAUAGAACGCAACCCACAGUAUUUAGAUCCAGUAUUGAGGUUUUUACUAGCAGGAUUACAACAACCAACUUUAGCAUCAGCUGCAGCCAAUGCUUUACAGAGUAUUUCUAUACAGUGUCGAGACCAUCUAACAGAUCAUUUUCAAGGUUUAGUUCAAAUUAUACAAGCAAUGGACACCUUCAAUCUCUCAUCUGAUGCUGCUAUUGGUUUACUUAAAGGUACAGCAUCAAUAUUAGCCAGGUUACCUCAUUCUAGUAUAGCUGAUGGGUUACGUACAUUAACUUCAUUUCAAAUUACACAGUUAAAUAAAUUGAUAAAUGAAGAAAGUGGUCCUGUAAAACAAGGGGCAGAUAAUGAUCCUACUGUAUGGUUAGAUAGAUUAGCGGCUAUAUUUAGAUACACCAAUCCAACAGUAACGAAUGGUCAAGUCCAUCCAUGUCAAGCUGUUAUACAAGAGGUAUGGGUAGUAUUAUCACAAGCCUGUAAUAAAUAUCAGAGUGAUGUAAGAAUAACUGAACGAUGUUGUAGGUGUAUUAGAUUUGCUAUAAGAUGUUUAGGCAAGAAUUCCGCUACCUUAUUAACACCUUUAGUCACACAGAUGGUACAGUUAUACCAAGUACAUCAACACUCAUGUUUCCUGUAUUUAGGAAGUAUUUUAACAGAUGAAUAUGGCAGUGAAGCUGGCUGUGUUCCUGGUUUAUUAGACAUGCUACAGGCAUUCUGUGGUCCUACAUUUAAAAUACUAGAAGAACACAAUGGUUUAAGAAAUCAUCCUGAUACAGUAGAUGAUUUAUUUAGACUAUGUUUAAGGUUUAUACAACGAUGUCCAGUACCAUUCUUACAGAGUGCUAUGUGUAAACCAUUAUUAUGUUGUGCUAUAGCAGCAUGUUCAUUAGAUCAUAAAGAUGCUAAUGCUUCAGUGAUGAAAUUUUUAACAGAUUUUAUAAAAUACAGUAGAGAAAAAGAAGAUCGAGAAGAUUUUGAAUUACGUCAUAGUCUAAUCAAACAGUUAUUAUGUAAUCAUGGACAAGCUUUAGUUCAUGCUAUAAUUAAUGCCUGUAUUUAUUGUUUACCUACUUAUAUGGUGACAGAUGUAGCUGAUGUGGUACAUGAAUUAUUGUUAUUUGAUAGACCAACAUUUUGUGUAUUAUUAGAAACAACAUUAAAAGCUUUGCCAACAGAAAGUAAUGGUAAUGCUGUCACGGCAACUCAUAAACAAUUAACAGAUUUUCAUAAAGCUUUAACAAGCUCUGAGUCAUUGAAACAAACAUCACAUACAUUAAGAGAUUUUUCUAGGUUAUAUAGAUGA